AAAACAGACUUCGCCAUACUGGAGAGAUGUGUAAAUAGGCUGAUCUCAGGACUUCAUGACCAGAACAAUGAGGAAAGGUUCACAUAAUUAAAUUUCUUCAGCCUGGAAAAAAAAAAAAAACAGGGUUAGAGAUUGAUUGAACCCAAGACUUUAAAUGGAGUGCAGGGAGAGGCGCGAAAGGGCAUCGAUGGAAGCCUGAGCAGAGUUUACAACGCAAGAUGCACGGUACCAACAUGGACACAAAUGAUUUUUUAUCAUUGGUUUUAGCAUUGAUGACGUGUGUUGGCAGCCUGCCUCUGGGUCCGGAUAAGAGUAACAGCACCGGGUAUCCGAAUUUUGCAGAUGUUAAUGCUUUUGAAUGGAUCUCUCCUACGUGCACGUUUGCCAGUAGUGUGCAAACGUCACCAGAUUGCUCUUGCAAUGUAAAGUGAUUCGCCAACGUGUUUAUUUAAUCGGAUUCAAGAGGCUGGUCGAUGCAUUGGGGCCCAGCUGACACGCGUGCCCUCCGGCCUCUUUUUAAUUUGCACCCACGGUUUGUUACACUCGACUGGACGUGUUUUUUUCUGAGCGUGGCUUGUUAAAAUUUGGCGAAACGCUCACACCCCAACACGGAUCGCACGGGCUUGUUUCAAAAGAAAAGGAAAACAAACACACCCCUCAUCCAAUUGCAGAGUGAGGGAGGGACAGAGGAAACGUUGUAUGAAACCACAGUGAAAUUCACAACUUUGACAGCAGAUGAUUCAGAACUUUGCAGGCAGCAGGAAAUCCUAAAACCCUACAAUUUACUUCUUUGUUCUGCGGGCUAUGUUCAGCUCUGGGGAAGAGCUACGAAGAACAGACGCGAGCAGACAAUAACAGCACAGCAACGUAGCCUCCACACAAACAAAACCACUGAGCUUGACUUUCCAGUGCUGUACUUUACUUGAUCCGAUCCGUUGAUCCGCCGGGGAGACGAUGUCAGCGAAGCCGGGUUUAGUGUAUCUGGUGACGGGAGGAUGCGGCUUCCUCGGGCAGCACAUCCUUCGCAUGCUGCUCGGGAAGGACGACAGCGUCGCCGAGAUCCGGCUGUUCGACCUGACCGUUGACGACAGCCUCGCUAACCUCUCCACAGAGAAGGUAACUGUCAAGCUGAUACAGGGAGACAUCACAGACCUGCUCACUGUGCUGAAGGUGACAGAAGGUGUAGAUGUGGUCAUUCACUCAGCCAGCCUGGUGGACGUUUGGCACAAAGUUCCAGAGAGCAAGAUCAGGGCUGUCAACAUACAGGGAACAUGUCAUGUGAUCCAGGCCUGUCAAGAACAUGGCAUACAGUAUCUUAUCUAUACCAGCAGCAUGGAGGUGGUAGGCCCAAACGUCAACGGAGAGCCAUUCUAUAGAGGGAAUGAGGAUACAGAAUACAACAUUUUCCACAAUAUGCCAUAUCCCAAAAGCAAGGCCCAAGCUGAGAGACUAGUCAUCGAGGCCAAUGGGAAAAAGGUGAAAGGAGGGAAGACUCUGUAUACCUGUGCGCUCAGACCCACAGGUAUCUAUGGAGAGAAACAUGAAUUGAUGAGGCAGUUCUAUAACAUGGGAAUGCGGACUGGAGGCUGGAUGCUGAGAGCCAUUCCUGUGAAUAUUGAGCAUGGUCGCGUUUACGCAGGAAACGUAGCCUGGAUGCAUGUGCUUGCUGCCCGUAUGAUCCGCGAAAAGCCGGACGUCGUGGGAGGGCAGGUGUACUUCUGCUACGACGACUCUCCUUACAAGAGCUACGAAGAUUUCAACAUGGAGUUCCUGUCUAGGUUUGGGUUCAGAGAAGUGCGCAUCCCCUACUUCGUCCUGACCGUUAUGGCCAUGGUGAACGACUUCCUCCGCACUCUCCUGAAACCGCUGUUCAACUACACGCCACUCAUGAACCGCUACACCCUCACCGUGGCCUCCACCACCUUCACGGUAAAGACCGACAAAGCAGAGAGAGACUUCGGUUACCGGCCUCUGUAUUCCUGGCAGCAGUGUCUGGACAACACCAUUACCUGGAUUUCUACCUUUGCAGAGGGGGUAGAUGCACAGAAGGAGAAGUAGCAUGAUGUUUUCUUGGGGGGUGGGGGGUGGUGGAAUACGAAAAGUGUCACCCAGUCCAGGUUUUACUACCAGCUUGAUCAGCCCACAGUGUAUCUAGGGAACAAGCUCAGGUGUGUCUUAUUAUUAAACUAAUUGGUGAAUGGAUCAUACUGCUCUGCAACGGUCUUAAAAGACAGACGGACAGAAAAGACAAUAUUGCAGUUCCUGAUCUAAUCACAGAUGUUGUGCCCAUUUUGUUUUAUUGCAUGAUUACUCACUUGACAAAGUUUUUUUGAUUUGUGAUAAGCGGACCCCCUGAAGCUGUGGAUAAAGUUUUGCAUCAUCACCCUACAGAAUUAACUCAUUUUGCUUCAUAAAGUCCAGUGAAAGCUGCUGAAUAAUGUU